UUCUCACUGAUGGAUUUAACAGUUCACGUGCAUACCUCGUAUGGUCUACCACGUGCUGGUACGCGCUUUUCCUGACUUUUCCGAGCACACUCAUUACAGAGACGAACACGCGCGCUUCCAGCCACUUUCGAACUGCAACACACCAGAGAGGCACAAGAUUAAACGCACCGCGCUUUUCUAUGUGAUUUGAUCUUCCUCCGCCCAUACCUUCACACAACUUUUUCUUUUCAAACUUCAUUCAUACUACAACUAUUCAUGAUGUCUUCAAAGAUUGCACUGGUUCCAGUAUUCGUUCUGCUGCUGUUACUGGUGAACGUCGAGUCCAUACGACAUCCGAGGAGCAACUCGAUUCUGGAUAUGAUCAACACCAAAGAAGUGGAGCGCCUGAUUGCCGAGCGACGAGAGAACGAGGAGCGCAAGGAGAGAACAUACCUGAUCGAAAACGAGCUGGACGAGACCUACACGCCUCCGGAUUAUGAUUUCGAGUAUAAGCGCGUCAACAUCGAUGAAACCACGGAUAAUCCUCGGGUCGACGUCGAUUUGUUCUUGAAGAGGAACAACCACACGGAGCCGUACACGGCGAACGACCUUCUGGCCGAUCUGCGCGGUUACAAAGGCAGGAAAGUGCUCAAGUCCAGCAAGAACGCACUGCUGAUUACCAAAAAGGAGUACCUGCAACGGGACUGGUGCAAGACGGAGCCGCUCAUCCAAAAGAUCAAGGAGGACGGCUGUCUACCACGCACGAUCAUCAACAAAUUCUGCUACGGCCAAUGCAAUUCGUUCUACAUCCCGAAGAACCCGAAGAAAAGGAACAAGCGGAAGUACAGUUCCGAAACGGAGGACGAGGAUCUGAACGGACCAGCGUUCAAGUCGUGCGGCUUCUGCAAACCGAAGAAGUUCACCUGGAUCACGGUCACGUUGAGGUGUCCCAACAGCACGCCGCGCUUUCGCAAGAAACGCAUCCAGAGGAUCAAGCAAUGCAAAUGCAUAGCCGCGGAUCUGGAUUGAGUUCUCGCGUGCUACAUCGCAAGGGAGUUCGAUUCAGUUUUAUAAUUUCAUGAGUUCCGAUUUCAGCGACGCCGGCAUCAUUAAAGCACUUGACUUUUAUUACAUCUUUCAAGAGGCACACUCGUCUCCAAUCCGAGGCCUGUGGAAAUAUCGGGCCACUACUCCUUCUUCUUCUCUAUUUCUUUUUUUUCCUUAUUAUUAUUAUUAUUACGAUUAUUUAAUGUAAUUUUAGGCGUGCUUCUAGUCCCAAACAUAUUUAAUACUAACGCGGAUCUAUUUGUACGAUCAACCACACAGACAUUCCUUUAAUUUAUAUAUGUACAUGAUAUGAUAUAGUU